CUCUCUCUCUCUCUCUUUGUUCCAGUUCGGACUCAGAGGGCCACUUUGAAACCCCAGAGGCUCAGAGCCCUGUCCACGCUCCACUCCAAGUCCCAGGAGAGCUGGAGACCUUCACCACUGACAGAGCAGAUGCCCUGGAGGAGGAGGAUGAACAGCUGACAGUGUCUGGCCCAGCCGGGGAUCCAGUUCCUAGCCUCCUCUUUAACCAGAACAUGGGUCAGGCCAAGCCCCCCUUGGCCCCUGAGGAGGAGGCCCCGGUGGACUCUAAGGAGGGGCCACAAGCGCUGCCCAACACAGCAGACACUGCAGAGGUUCAACCCCCCAUAGCAGGCCCACCAGCCCAGGCCAAUGGAGCAGCAAAGGCCACUGCUGCUUUAGACUUAGGCCUACCUGAGGAGGAUAGACCACUGGCUACUUCUCUAGACUUAGGCCUACCUAAGGAUGAUAGACCACUGGCUACUUCUCUAUACUUAGGCCUACCUGAGAAGGAUAGACCACUGGCUACUUCUCUAGACUUAGGCCUACCUAAGGAUGAUAGACCACUGGCUACUUCUCUAUACUUAGGCCUACCUGAAGAGGAUAGACCACUGGCUACUUCUCUAGACUUAGGCCUACCUGAGGAUGAUAGACCACUGGCUACUUCUCUAGACAUAGGCCUACCUGAGGAUGAUAGACCACUGGCUACUUCUCUAUACUUAGGCCUACCUGAGGAGGAUAGACCACUGGCUACUUCUCUAGACUUAGGCCUACCUGAGGAGGAUAGACCACUGGCUACUUCUCUAGACUUAGGCCUAACUGAGGAGGCUAGCAGUACAGAGACACUUUGUAAUGGACACCCCGUAGAGACCAUCCCUGAACCGCAGGCCAAACUCACUGAAACCACUAAAACCACUCCCUCUUCCCUGAAGAUAAAGGGAGCCUUUAACGGGGCUAGUGCACAGGGGGACGGGGACAGUGACAUCAUCCCAGUCCCUAAGGUUAGCUACAACUUCAACCCGGACCAGUUUGACGACAGCUUCAAUCCGUUCGCCAGUGGAGGCUCCAAGAUUCAGAACUCCCCACCAGCUUUUGCAGCCGAUGCCCUGCCCACACUGGAGUCGCUAUCUGUACCUAGCUCCCUGUCCACACUGGAGUCUCUACCUGUACCUAGCUCCCUGCCCACACUGGAGUCGCUACCUGUACCUAGCUCCCUGCCCACACUGGAGUCGCUACCUGUACCUAGCUCCCUGCCCACACUGGAGUCGCUACCUGUACCUAGCUCCCUGCCCACACUGGAGUCGCUACCUGUACCUAGCUCCCUGCCCACACUGGGGUCGUUACCUGUAUGCAGCUCUUCUCCACCACUUUGUGGGACUAGUUCCUCACCUAAAAUGGAGGUUGAGGAGGAAAAAGAGUCAGCGUCGGAGGCAUCAGAGGAGCCCAAGCCUGUGAAGAUGGAGUUUGGGUUAGACGAGGCAGGCGAGGUAAAAAAAACACAGCCCAGGAGGAUGGGUAAAAAGCCCGGCAGCAAGCUCGCCAUCAAGAAACCAAGGGCAAAAGCAAUUACGACAGCCUCUGCCCCGACGUCGGCACCCGAACCAGUAGUAGCUGAACCGGUAGCAGAGCCAGUUUCAGAAACAACUUCCGAACCGCUUUCCAUGCCAGGUGCCUCCUUAAGUUUGGACGAUGUUCCUAUUCCCAAGUCCACUUAUAACUUUGACCCCAACCAGUGGGAUGACCCUAAUUUUAACCCCUUUGGGGGUGGUGGUGUCAAAAUGAGUAGUUCCCUGGUUUUGCCCAAAGGAUCCUACAGCUUUGAUUCUCAGAACAUUGAUGACUCUGUGGACCCCUUUAAGCCGUCUAAAGAGAACGCAACUUGCCAGGAUACCCCACUUCCUCCGCCAGCAGAGGAGGCAGUGAAAUCAAAGCUGGAGCAGCCCCUGGAUGAGGGGAAGAGAACGUGUCAGACUCCAAAGAAAAGCAAGGACAGGAUCAUCACGAAUUUGAGUAAGGUGAAGAAGUAUGAAAACCAGUCCCUGGUCCUGGAUGUCUGCAAUCAGGAAGAUGAUGCGGUGGUGUCACAGGUCCAAGAAAUGCCCCGCCGCGUUCGCCACGCCACCGAUGAGGAAAAGCUGGCUUGCAGUGGCAUCAUGGGCCAGAAAGCCAAGGAGGAGGAGGCCAGGGUGGAGGUGGAGGAGGAAGAAGACUCAGUGUGUGCCAAAAGCCCAGCUAAAGGCCCAACCAAAGGCCUGGCCAUCACAGACAAUGUCAAAAGCCAGGCACUGCUGGAUGGGCCACUGGCGGGGAUAACACACUGUAUGGAGGAAAAGGACAUUUGCAUUUCGAGUGAAGAGCUGUCAAUCACCCCAGGGCCAAAGUUGAGUGGCUGCGAGGGUCACGAUGACAAAGGCAGUCCCUCCUCCAUGGAUACCAUAUUGCUCAAUGAGAUGGACAAAGCAGCGGUGCUCACCUUGAUCAGAGAGGAGAUAAUCACUAAAGAGAUAGAAGCCAACGAGUGGAAGAGAAAGUAUGAAGACAGCCAUAUGGAGGUGUUAGAGAUGAGGAAAAUAGUGGCGGAGUAUGAGAAAACAGUUGCACAGAUGAUUGAGGAUGAGCAGCACAAGAGGAGUGUCCUGGGCUCCCAGAAGAGUGUCCAGCAGGUGACCCUGGAGCGGGACCAGGCCCUGGCUGACCUCAACUCUGUGGAGCGCUCGCUCUCUGACCUCUUUAGACGCUACGAGAACAUGAAGACCGUCCUGGAAGGCUUUAAGAAGAAUGAAGAGAUGCUGAAGAAGUGUGCCCAGGAGUAUUUGGUCCGCAUCAGACAGGAGGAGCAGAGAUACCACACUCUCAAGAUCCACGCGGAGGAAAAACUAGACAAGGCUAAUGAAGACAUAGCCCAGGUGCGCUCCAAGGCCGACUCAGAGAGUGUGGCUCUUCAUGCCAGCCUGCGGAAGGAGCAGAUGAAGGUGGACUCCUUGGAGAGAGCCCUCCACCAGAAGAAUCAAGAAAUCGAGGAGCUCACAAAGAUCUGUGAUGAACUAAUAGCAAAGCUCGGGACAUCAGACUGAUGCCUGAUAUCAACAACUUUGGAGUUGUUGGAUGUACUGUUCAACCAACUUCUCUCCCCUCUGCCUUACCAGUGCAGCCAAGGCCUAACCAUCCCCACUGCAGCUAGCAGGCAAAUGACUGUACACACUUCUACACAAUCUGAACCCAUCUCUGCUAUUAUUACUCAAACACACAGCGAGUGACUGCAGUAAUCACCCCUAUUGUUUCCCGAUUGGAACAAAUAAACAUCGAAACAGCAAUGAGUAUAUAUAUAUAUAUUUUUAUGACCAAUUAAGUAUUGAUGUUGCAAUUUGUAAUGUUCAUGUGCCGCUUUGAUGCGCAUGUAGGGCCACAUCUUAAAUUAUGCAAAUUAAGGUUAAGGUAUGGACCUUACUGUCGAUUUCUACCUAUUGUAAGUGAAACUAUGGGAAGGGACUGCUAGCUAGUAACCUGUUGUGUUGCAUACUGUGUGUACGGUGUGUUUGUAAAGUGUGUGCCCCAUCAUGGAUUAUCGUGUACCACAUCAUGGAUUAUCGUGUACCACAUCAUGGAUUAUCAUGUACCACAUCAUGGAUUAUCAGUGUUGAAGGAAGAGACAGAGACAUGUGUUCCAGAGAGGGUGUGGGGGAUAUUAUUUUGAUACAGAGAAAGAGAUCAACAAUCAAUCAGUUGGUGGCUCUCUUUUUGCGUUUGCAUGUGUUCCACAGCUUUACACUUUACACAAUCAUCCUGCUGCUAUUCUAGUUGGAGAUGGAGUGCGAUAUGUUUUGUUGUUGUUGUUGAUUAUAUAUCAUUUCUGUCUCUUCUUGUUUGAUCUUCUAUUGUUUUGUAUGUUUGUUUGAUCCCUUUCUUUAGGGAGGGCAAUGCUUUUAGGGGUAUGCUAGUAUAAAUCUGGUCAUUAUUCUUUCCAUUAUGGGACAAUAUAUAGACAAUAUAUAGUCUUUAAUCCAUAUUCCUUGUGUUUUACAGUUUAGCCCAUGUAGCCUAUAACUAAAGAGCACUAUUCUCUGACCUCAUCAUAGCAUGUAAUAUUACACAAACAGCUUAACAAAGCUAUCAGUGGAGUAAUGACAUGCCCUGUUUCACUCUCUUUAAGAAUGGUUUGAAACUGCAAUGUUGUUUUUUCUCCUUUAUUUUAGCUAGACACAGCAUAGGGAGCUGUGGUUACAUUGAUUGGCUUUCUGCACUGCAGCCACAGUUAAGUUUAUCUCUAGGCCUUGGGAAAACAGGACAAAUAUCUUCCAUCAUCACCAUAAUACAUGGGUUGCCAAAUGUUUCCCCUCAAAGCCUAUCACUGUGGUAGUGUUACAGGCUCAAUACCAGUCAUUAUUAGAGAUUAUGAUGGAUCUGUAAACUGUUUCAUUGCAGAUGUGGAUGCUUGUUUAGAUAGAUGUUCUCAAUGCUAUCAAAAAGAAAACUGGUUGCCCAGCAUAGCAACUGUUUGUUCAAUGUUAUAACAAUAUAUAGGACCAGUUCCAAACUACCCUUUAAGAUUACAAGGACCUAUAGUAUGUGGACAUGGAACUUGGAGAAGCCCACAUGGUUCUACCUGGGUCAUCGUUAGGGAGUCUUUGCCUUAUCAUACCUAUUUCAUGGAUCAUCAUCAUCAUCAUCAUCAGUACAGUACAAUCCACUGCCAAAUGUUAAUAUUUUGCCAAAUCAAAGGCUGUUUGAAGCUGCUUUUAAUUGUCUAUUACUGCAGUAUGUGUACAUUUUAUAUUGUAUGAAAAUAAUAUUAUUUUAUUUUAAUGUCAGUAUUUGUAAAGAGGACAGAAGGACAGAAAUUUGAUUUUAUUAUGUAUAUUGUGUGCAGAAGAUAUUCCCUGAAUAAAGGUUAUCAUGAUUAAUGUUA